AUGGCGCCAGCAGCGGCGGGGAGAGUCGAAAAGCGUCGCGGGAAGCGAGCUGCGGAGGAAGAGCUCGACGGUGAGAGACGACUGAGGAAGAAGUUCGACCGGCUGCGACUUGACAGAUUAUCCGAACAGACACGGCUUACGCCCGCGACGACGACAGCAGCAGCAGGAAGAUACGCUCUAGAAGCUCAUAGACAGGCAGAGGGAUGUGGGAGUACCGGCUCGCCGUCUAAACAUACGUCCUCGCGGGUUAGCAAUGGCGAUGGGAUGCAGGUUGACGACACCAAAACACGAGUAUAUAUCACCGAUCUAGAAGAAGAGAUCGCCGAGAUAGAAGAGGAAGAGAGGCAGCAGGCGUUAAAAGUAAUGAUGCCAGAGAUGGAGAAGCAGCUCAUGUCGAUCCCUACGUCGGUGCUUACGCAUAAACCAAAGGAGGAGCGGAACAACGCGCUGGUGCUGUACCGUGUUCCGGCAGCGUUGGGAAUACCGGCUGAGCAGGACAGUGUUCGAGCAGCGAUGACGGACGUAAGAGAGCGAGCAAGAGAGAAGAUGGCAGAGAGCUACAACGGACAGGCGGAAGGGGAGAGAACAGCACCACCGGCCAUGUCUGGAGACGGUGAACAGUCGCCAGGCUACGAUUCAGAUCCCAUGGAGAUCGACGAGAGUUAG